GGGGCACGCAGGGUCCUGGGGCCUGGACGGGUGGGCCUGGAGAUUCUGUGAAAUGGUCGUGCCGAAACAGGUCUCGCGGGGAACAGCAGCGAGUAGGUUGAGGGUGGCCUGGCUGCACAUCCGGCCGAGAGGUGCCUCCGCGGUUGGGACCCAGCACGGUAUCUCGCCUCCCAGCUGGGCAUAGCCUAGUCCUUCGGCUGCAGCGACAGCGGGUGAUGUUCUCCGGCAGAAUCCCCGUAUGUGAACUGGACAUGAUCACCCAGUUGGAGGAAGAACAACUAUACAGACUGGAUCUUCAGGGAACUGAAGACGGGACUGACCAAAAAUAUCUGUUUAGAUAGGGAAGAUUUGAACUGAACCGAAGCAUCACCACCAAUCAGGCUGUCUUGGAAGAACUAGAGUUUCAGAGUCAGCAAUGGAAAGUCUUCGAGGGAAUACUGCCCAGCAUCCUAUGGAUGAAGAAGCCUGUAAAAGUAAGGGCCAAUUAUCAAGGCAGACAAAAUGUCCUGUACAGAAGAAAUCUUCUUUUGAGAAAACAGCAAUCAGAAAAGUGUCAGUGUCUCUCAAGGAGAUUUUCACUAAGGAAAGAGGCCCUGAAUCCAGUAAAUUUAAUCUAAGCUCAAAAUUUAAUACACGGCAGAGAAUUCCAAAGGGAGCUAGGUCCCCCAAAUCUAGGAAAAACUCCAAAGAUAAUUCAGACUUAAUUAAACACCAAAAACUCUUUCUGCAAAGGAAGCCUUGUAAAUGCAAUGAAUGUGGUAAAGCCUUUAGUUAUGAAUCAGACCUCAUUGUCCACAGGAGAAUUCAUGGCGGAGAAAAGCCUUUUGAAUGCAAUGAAUGUGGGAAAACUUUUAGCCGAAGUACACACCUUAUUGAGCAUCAAAGAACUCACACUGGAGAGAAACCUUAUGAAUGCUCUGAAUGUGGAAAAGCUUUUAGCCGGAGUACACACCUUAGUCUACAUCAGAGGAUCCAUACUGGAGAAAAACCAUAUGAAUGUAGUGAAUGUGGAAAAGCCUUUAGCCGAAGCACUAACCUUAGUCAACAUCAGCGAACUCAUACUCAAGAAAAACCUUACAAGUGUAAUGAAUGUGGGAAAGCCUUCAGUGACCGUUCAACUAUAAUUCAGCACAAACGAAUACACACUGGAGAGAAUCCCUAUGAAUGCAGUGAAUGUGGAAAAGCUUACAGUUGGAUCUCAUCUCUUAUUGAACAUCAGAGAACACACACUGGAGAGAACCCCUAUGAAUGCAAUGACUGUGGAAAAGUGUUCAGUCGAAGCUCAUCCCUUGCUGAACACCAGAGAAUCCACACUGGAGAAAAGCCCCAUGAGUGUAGAGUGUGUGGCAAGGGCUUUAGUCGGAGCUCCUCCCUUAUUAUUCACCAGAGAACUCAUACCGGAGAGAAGCCUUUCAAGUGUAAUAGCUGUGACAAAGCCUUCAGUCAAAGUUCAACUCUUAUUAGACAUCAGCAACUUCACACUAAAGAGUAAUAUCUGAGUAAUCUUUCACUAAUCUUGGCAUAAGAGCACAUAGCAUAACCUCCUAUAGCUGAAGAGAAACAUAUACUUGUAUGAAUUUUCCUUUCCCACUAGCUAUAAGCCAGUUUCAAGCUGGCCAUCCUUCCUUUGUGGAAACUAAGUGGUCAAAUGAGUGAUCAUUCCAACAAGGGCGGAUGAACUUUAAAAACCUUAAGAUAUUCAAUCUAGCAUUUCGGAGGGCUCCAGUCUUAGAAUAUACCUUUACUACCUUACACCUUUCAGUCCUUCACCUCAUCUCUUCCAUGGAGCUUUGGUCCCUGAAAAACCAGUGAACCCUUUUCUUUCCCAACCACAUCAGCCCCUUCACUUAAAAGAGAAAUCCUACGUGUGGAUGUUUUCAGGCUUGCUGGCUCUAGUAGCAGAAGAGAAGCUGGCUUCAGAACAAAAAUCUACCCAUUCGUUUGGGGAUAACAAUAAUAAGGUGAAUUCAGUCUCUGGACUUAAAGGACAGUUUUUCUUUUCCUUCCUCCCUCACCAUUUUUGGCUACACUAUAUUUUCCUCAAAAUAUAAUCCAUAGUUCUACUAACGUGCCUAAUUAAUCCUAGUAUUAUUUUAUCUUAUCCUGACCAAAAAUGUCCUAAAAAUCUUAUAUUUAGUUCCUACAUUAUCUUUUUUUAAAAAAAAAUGCUGCCCUAUAUUAAAAACAUUUUUUGUUUACAGACUUCAUGAAAUGUGUACCCUCUGGUUCUGACUCUCACCAAUAUUGUAAAGCUGAUCUAUCGAGGACAAACGCAGUACCUACCUCUCAGUCCUUUUCCUACUUGACAUUUGCAGAAUUGGCACUUUGGGCUACUCUUAUGCCUUAAAAUUUGAGCCUCUGGGAUCCAUGAUUCUGUGCUGAUCCAUGAAUUUUUCUACCUCCCAGCACUUCUCUGAUUAACAGUGAUUAGCUCUGUGACUUUGGGGCAAGAGUUGAACCAGAAUAAUUUCAUUUUAUUGGCUUAUAAUACUUACGGUUAUUCAAUUAGAUUAUAAGCUUCUUAAAGACAGUAAUCUUAUUUUAGAUCCCUACAAAACAUCCCGCAGUGCUGAGUGGUCACUAAAUGCCCCAUAAUUAUUGCUUACUGAUUCUUCUCCAUCAUGGGUAAUCAGCCUGCUAGGGUUUAUUUGAAAUGGCUUAAUAGUUGAUUUCUUUCUCUGUGUUCCUACUGCUGCUGCCAACUCCUUGGUAGUUUGGACCUAGAUUACCAGAGUGAACACACUGUUGCUGCUCUUAUCUCUGUGUCUUUAUCUACCUGUUUUACUAAACUAUCACUUAGCUCAGAAAGAAUCUAGUUUCCCAUUUGUCCCCAGGAAAAAGUUCAAACUGCUUUAACUUGAAGACCUUCUACAGUUGGAUCUAUUUAUUUAUUUUCCAUUACUCCCCAGUACAACUGGGCGGCCCUACCCUUUAUCUCUGUCACACCCUUUCUCUUCACACUUGGCUUCCUUUCAGAUCAUUCCAUGGCAUUCUUUUACAUGUCCUACUUUCUUCCUUGUGUUAACAUCUCCAGAAAUCUUUUAUAAAAGCCCUUCUCACAUCCUGCCUUCACUGUGAUACUUUCAAUUGCCCACCUUCUUAAGAAUUCUUUUACAGUGAUGGUUUGCAUCAUUCUGCCGUAUUACAUAAUUUCUUAUUCUGUUAUCUGGUUCUGUCAAGUGCUUUUGAUCCAUGAACUUUUUUGAAGUUAGAAAUUGUCUUAAAUCUCUUAGGAGCCCCAUCUACCCAACAAAUGGAUUCUAGUUUUAACUUAAAUUGAGAGGGUUUAAUUUAAUGGUGCAUUUGCUUUAAUCUUUGGAAUGGUGAGAUAACCUCAUGAAUCUUUUGGUCAUUUUUGUGUGAUCUUUAAUUAUGUACAUUAAGCCUUGGGACUGGCUCUCCUUCAGAGUUCCUAGGAUGUUGGCCUCUUAGCUUUCCACUUCAUGAGAGGUGGGUUUAUUCAUAUAAAGUAAUGAAAACAGUGCCUGACAUAAUAAGUACUCAAUAAAUGCUAAUAGUUAUCAUUCUAUUUCUUCAUAUCUGCCUGUAGUCUUUAAUUUCAAUCCUGAAGGACCUGUAACCACAGAAAUGGAAAACUAGGAUCACAAUAAAAAAUAAGAUAUUUCUUCUGACUGCCAUCCUGGACAAUAGUCACCUACUUUAUUUUAACUCUAUUGUGUAUCACAAAUGACUCAAGGCAGCUUACAAGAUAUGAUAAAACAGAAAACUGAAAACAACACAAAUCAGCAUUAGAGAAAGGAGAAGGUGCCUAGAAGAUCAAGAUCAUGACAAAUAGUGGUAUGCCAUGUGGUUAUUCAGGUAGAGAUGCAAAGUGACCAUUCAGGUGAAGUGAGGUGCUCAUUUGCUUACACUGUAUUUGUAUGGGGAGGAAAUGUCCAUUCUUCAAGGAAAGCCUGAUAGAUUUAAGAUUAAUUUCUCCAUUGGCCUUCAUGUAAUUAUACAGUGCACUUUUGAUAACAAAAAUUAAGUUAUGUGUUCUCCACACACCUUGCAAACAGUGUAUUUCCCAGUGAAUAAAUAUUGAGUUCUUAGUGGAAGUCUCAGAAAGGCAAAUAUGAAGAUUCUUCUUGGGGUGGGGUGGGGUUAGAAGCAGCAGAGGACAGAGUACACUGCAUAAUCAAGUAAUUACUGGGUGCCAGAACAGCUCUUUUCACACAUUUGAGUGAUUUUACUUAACAUAUUAUGGGAUGAAGAAACUGAAAUUUACAAAUGUUAAACAGCUUACCCAAGGAUCAGGGUUUGACCCCACUACUGGACCUCUUGGGCUUUCCAGGUGGCUCAGGCGUAAAGAUUCCGCCUUCAAUGCAGGAGACACAGGUUCCAUUCCUGGGCUGGGAAGACCCCCUGGAGAAGGAAAUGGCGACCCACUCCAGUAUUCUUGCUUGGCGAAUCCCAUGGAUAGAAAACCUGGCAGGCUGCGGUCCAUGGGCUUGCAAAGACUCAGAUACAAUUUAGCAACUAAACCACAACUGGAUUUAAAGGAACAAUCCUAUGAAAUUGGUGACUAGAUAUGGGCAGGAAGAAGAGGGACCAGCAAUUCCUUAAUUGCUGUUAACUUUCAUGUAAGCUAUGUAAGGCAUGAAGUGGAAGAACUAACUAAGUUAGUUAGUUACAGGCUAACUCAGCAGUUAGCCAUGCAUACAGAACGUUAAAACAGUUGAAAACCUGAUAUGAUUAAUUUGCGACUCUAAAGUCAAUGUGGAAUCCAAAACUUUUGGAAUUUUUGGGGGGGAAGUCGGGUCAAAAGAGUGAUCUGGAGCGGGGAGUCUUAGUCUAAGGAAAAACGGAGGAUCUUCCAGUGCGGCCAAAAUCAUCGUGACUCGGCUCACACUGAAGCAUGUCUUCAGAACAAUCUGUCUUUGCACGGAACCCCUAUCCAGACUCUCAGCGUGGGCCAUUUCUGGAAACGCCGUAGGUGGACUGGGAGAAAGGUUCUCUGGGAGGCAAACUGCCUUCCUUGUCGUCAUUCGACCAGAAGGAGGCGCUCGAGUGCGAAGACCACCGCGGGGAUAAAGGCCUCAGCUCCGCGCUUUCGCUGUGUUCCUGGACUUUCUCGGUGACCUUUGUGUGUCCAGAUUUCCCCUAACAAAGCUGAGACGGCUACUCCUAGAAGCCACUGGAUGGGGGCCAGCGACCGUCUCAACCGCCCCGAGCCAUCUUCUAGCUUCCUGGGAGGCGCUCUGAAGCUAGAUCGGCCAGAGUUCGUCCUACACCUGAGAACUACAAUUCCCAGAAAGCUCAGAGACUCGCAGUCGACACAGCGCUGAGACUGUAUUUCCCGGAAGUCUUAGGACCAAUUCCCAUCCUCGUUGAAAAACCCUCUUUCAUGUCUCUCCUGCUGAAGAUUCUAAAGGCUGUUGUGGUGGGCGAUGCAAUGCAACGAGCUGUGGCGAUACCAGUGAACCUCUCAUUUGGGGAAGUGUCUGUUCAUUUGCCUGCUGCCUCUCUGGACUGCCUUUGGAUUCACAAGUUUCUAAGAAGUUGGUGCUCCAAGGAUCAUCCCUUUUGUGUUUUUCUGCAACUGCCCCUGGAGAUGGCUCUUCUCCAGAAAUGUC